AUGUUGAAGGUAUUUGGCGCAGCACGCUGGCUUCUGGGCCUUCCGCCCGCCAAUGCCAUCGAAGCUCCCCAGCCAGUCGCGGCAACGACGCUCCAUCGCUUCCGAGAGCUCCCGCCCGAGAUUCGGCGUGGCAUCUGGGACCUUGCGCUUCCUCCGUCACGGGUUUACGAACCGGAGGCUUCCUCCACGGAUGUUAUGAAACCAGUAAAAUUCCUUACAGAGUUCCCCCCGCCUACCAUGCGGGAAGCCUGCCGCGAGGCGUAUGGUGUGUGCAUGUCGAGAGGGUGCUUCCAGUUCGGCUACUGGGCGAGUCGCAUGCGAGGCAUCUGGUAUAAUGUCUUCACGGACGCGAUAUACUACACAUGCGAAAUGCAGUGCACUAGAACACAGAUCGAAACCCCCGCCACCAUCUAUCUUUCCGCAGAUUGUGCGCUCCGCUCGCCAAACUGCCGAGACUUCCUGAUGUCACCAAAGUUCGACUACUGCGAGAGGCUGAUAGUCGCUGUCUAUCCGCCCGGUUCCUGGGAGAUGGAUGCGAAGGAACUCAGGGGAACGGAACCAGUCUUCCGGAAAAUCAUGGACGGAGAAUCUGUCGGCUAUCAUGGAUUUGACGAUACCGAUUGGCCCAUGGAAGAGAGACAAGUUGUGGAAGGCUAUGAUGCGCCUGAGAGCGAUAUCAUUGAUUGGGAAGAUGCCAAAGAGGUGAUCUUGAACAUUUUCGAGAGACGAAAGGAGAUCUUACGUGAGAUCAAUGAGGAGAGGCCCAACGAAAUCACGGUCAGAGAAUAUCACGAAGGAAAUCUGGAGGUGGAGGCUGUGGAGGUCUUUCGAAAGCCCAUACCCAAGGCUUUGCCAGCUUGA